AUUGUUGAAGAUGAAGAUGAAGAAAGAUCAAGAGAAUUGACUAAGUUAUUGAAGGCUGCUGCAUCUGCUAAUCGUGACUUAGUAUUUGGUUAUGUUGGAGUCAAACAGAUGGAAGAAUUUGCUGAGCAGUUUGAUAUUAGUACUAAACUACCAAAAAUGGUGGUUUGGGAUAAAAGUGAUGAUUACCUUUCAGUUGUUGAUUCAGAAAGUAUUGAGGGGGAGGAUCAGGCAUCUCAAAUCACUAAAUUUCUGGAAGGAUACAGGGAAGGAAGAACCAUAAACAAAACAUUCAGUGGACCUUCGCUGAUGCAAUUCAUUCAUCGGUCUUUUGACAUUAGAAUGGUAUACAUAAUUGUUUUUGUUGUGGCAUUACUGAUACUUAUUCAGAGCUUCAGUAAAGGAGGUGAUGAGUACCAUGCUGUACCAAAUCAAGUUCAAGUUGAUCGUGCAAGCAGUUCUGUUUCAGAAGCUGAAAUCAAAGAGUAUAAACCAGGUGACAAGGAAGACUAAAUUAGCAUGUAGAAUGAUAAUCGGUGCACGUGAGCUUCUAGAAACUAGCACCAUACCUAUUGGUAUGUGUAAAUAUUAAUGAGUGUUAAUCUCCAUAUUUUUUUAGUGCUGUUCAGACUGUUGCCUUUUUCUUUUACACUUUUUCAUUUUGUUAACAUGAACCAAAAAUGCCUAUUUAUUACAUUAAACAUGACAAUGAUGUGUUAGCUUUGUUAUUACUUUCAUCCUUCCUAGAUAUUAGUAUUUAUGCUCUUCAUUUCA